AUGGCUACGAUCGUCGAAGAUGCUAUGCCUGCGACACUGCAGAGCAUCCUGGACCAAAAGUCGCUCAAGUGGGUGUUCUGCGGUGGUAAGGGCGGUGUAGGCAAGACCACCACGUCGUGUGCGUUGGCCAUCCAGCUGGCCAAGGUGCGCGAAAGUGUGCUGCUGAUUUCGACCGAUCCCGCACACAACUUGUCUGAUGCCUUUGGCCAGAAAUUCGGUAAGGAGGCUGUCAAGGUCAACGGCUUCGACAACCUCAGCGCGAUGGAAAUUGAUCCGACGAGCAGCAUGCAGGAAAUGAUCGAGCAGUCUGAGCAGCAGGGCGGCGGUGCUCUUGCGCCCUUCAUGCAGGACUUGGCGUUCGCCAUUCCCGGUGUCGAUGAGGCGAUGGGCUUCGCAGAAAUCAUGAAGCUAGUCAAGUCGAUGGAGUACAGUGUCGUGGUGUUUGACACGGCGCCCACCGGCCACACUCUGCGUUUCCUGAGCUUCCCUAGCGUCCUGGAAAAGGCGCUCGCGAAGUUCAGUACGUUUGGACGCAGCCUCGGCCCGAUGUUCCAGCAGAUGCAGAGCAUGAUGGGCGGCGGCGGCGGCUCGCAGGACGAUAUGUUUGCUAAGCUCGAAGGCAUGCGCCAGGUGAUCACCGAGGUCAAUUCGCAGUUCAAGGACGAGACGAAGACGACAUUCGUGUGUGUGUGCAUUGCCGAAUUCCUGUCGCUCUACGAGACGGAGCGCCUGAUCCAGGAGCUUACCCAGUACGGCAUCGAUACACAUGCGAUUGUAUGCAAUCAGCUGCUGUACCCGCCGGCCAACUCGAACUGUGAGCACUGCCGCGUUCGUAAGGCCAUGCAGGACAAGUACGUGAACGAGAUGAUGGAUUUGUAUGCGGAAGACUUUAAUGUCGUCAAGGUGCCGCUGUUGACAGAAGAAGUUCGUGGCCCCGAAAAACUCACGGCCCUAUCGGACUACCUGGUCCACCCGUACCAGCCGCCCAAGUAG